CGGUGUGCCUUCUGUGAUGUCACGUUCAUUGGUGCCCUUUUUGUUUAUGACAUGUCUUUUCAUGGCGUUUUAAUGCUCCAUACAUAACCUUGACUGAAAAUCGAUCAUGCAAAAAAUUAUUCGAUGAAAAACGGCCAAGAAAUUAUAAUCAUGGAUAAAUAAAGACACUUUGUACUAUGCUUCCAUUUUAUUGUUUUCUACAUAUAUGCAUGCUGAAUAAGAGUUUUCCGGUUAUUUAAUCAACAAACUAUUUUAUUUUAUUGAGGUAUUAUUUGAGAAAAAAUGGAAGAAAAUACUCAUUAUAUAGAGACUACAUUUAUGAAAUAUGAACAUCCAAAAUAUCUGUGGUCUGUUGAAGAAUUUUUUGACGAUACAGUAAAAAUGUCACCUAUGUUUCUAUUACCAUCUUGUUCAUAUGCAGUCACAAUGAUGUAUCGAAAUGAUGAUCUUGUUCUGCAAUUUGAUUUUAAAAAGAACCAUUAUGGUGGAUAUUUAUUUGUUAUAUGUAAUAUAUUACAUUUAGAACAAGCCAGACAGAUUAUAGAUAAGGCUCAUAAAAUAAUUAAAUAUGAAGAUCUGAUGUUAGAUGAAGAAGAAUUUGAUGUGUCACUUGAAGUCGCUCAUAUAUUUCCUGUAACUAAACAAUUGCCAGAUUUCAAAUUAAAACAAUUACCGACAAUAAUGAAGCAUAUAACUACAUUGCAAACUAAUUCAGAAUUAAGUGACCUAUCGAUUUAUGUUGAAGAUUCAGUAUUUCCUGUGCAUAAAUGUAUACUUGCAGCACAAAGUCCUAUAUUUAGAAGCAUGUUCACAAUUGGAAUGAAAGAACAAAAAGAUAAGAAAAUUUAUAUAACUGAUGUAGCAAAAGAAAUAUGUAACUCUAUGUUAUCUUAUAUAUAUACUAACAAACUCAAUGAUUUAGAUAAUAUUGCAGAUAACCUUAUUUUUAUAGCUGACAUGUAUAACAUACAAGAUUUGGUAGAAUUAUGUAAAGAAACUUUGGUCAAGAAUAUGAAUGCAGAGAAUGUAUUUGACACACUUAUUAUUGCAGAUGAAUUACAUAUGACAGAUCUAGAAUUACACUGUCUUCAUUAUAUAUCAAAAAACAGGAGAAAUAUUAAUUCAAAGAAGGAAUAUGAAGAAAUAAAGAAAUAUUCAAAUAUAGUAAUCAAACUUGUGGAUUUCAUGAUGGAGUGAAAAUACUUCAUUAUUUUACCAGAAACUUAGUGUAUUAAAUUAAUAGAAAUAACUUUUAAUAAAUUCUUUUUUACUUUUACAUA